GUCUCGGGGUGGGGAAGGCAGGUAUGGCUUCGGUGGAUCUGGCUAAGGUGGGCACGAUCCUGGUGAAAAAUGCUCUGAGUGGAGAGCUCCUCCUUCUCAUUAGAUGGUUGAGUUAAAGUCCUUAUGGAAGGAGAAGACCACUGUCCUGCUUUUCUUGCGGAGAUUCGGCUGUCAGAUUUGCCGUUGGAUUGCAAAGGACAUAGGUAAAUUGAAGGCAUCCUGUGAUGCUCACCAGAUACGCCUCGUAGGCAUCGGACCGGAAGAAGUAGGACUCAAAGAAUUCCUGGAAGGCAACUUUUUUAAUGGAGAACUUUAUAUAGAUGAAUCCAAGGAGAGCUACAAAACCCUAGGUUUCAAAAGGUACAGUGCGCUGUCUGUAAUCCCUGCCGCUCUAGGGAAAAAAGUUCGAGAUAUUGUCACCAAGGCAAAUGCUGAUGGAGUGCAGGGUAACUUCAGCGGGGAUCUUCUACAGAGCGGUGGGAUGCUAAUUGUCAGCAAAGGUGGCGAAAAGGUGUUGUUGCACUUUAUUCAGGACUCUCCUGGGGACUAUGUGCCUUUGGAAAGCAUUGUUCAGACUCUUGGAAUCACUGCUAAUGUGACCGAAAGCCAACGCCCGCAGUGCAAUGAUGAAGUUUGUACAAGAUGAAGAAAGAAGAUCUCAUGGAGUCAUGAUUAUACUGUAUCUGUUCAUGGAUUGGCUGUGCAUAAUCAGGCUGAAAAUUGUGAAGGUUGCAGGUUGCUUCUGCUUUGGUUAUAGAUUGCCGAAACCAUUUUUAAAGGAGACUGAAAGGCUAAUGUGGUGUUAAUCUCAAGCUGCAGGCAUACCUUCAGUUUUCUCAAUAGUGCCCUUAAGUCUCCCCAUAUUUCUCCUGUUCAGAUGAUCAGAAGCCUCAUAGGAAAAAAAAAGCUGAGUUCUGUAAAGAAAAUUUCCAUAAUGCCUCGCUCCUGCACCGAGACCCCUGUACAUGCUCAGUUUGUAAGA